GAAAGUGGCAAUUUAAGCAUCUAGCAUGAAGUGCGCCGCAAUAGAUCUCUGACACCUCUAAUUAAAAUCCAGCGUCGCUUUCAAUUUGUUUAAUUGUCAAUCAAUUUAUAUAAGGGGGGGAGAUCGAUUUGGGGAAACACACACUUGCAAUCCACAUUCAUAAUCUCUUUUGCAUCACUUUCUUUUUAACCAAACGGGUUAAUUAUACUCCUCCAAUUAGCAUUGCAUGCUAUACGUCUUUCGAUCCUCAUAAAAUGGGACAAAUAGUAUCGUUGUCCUUCCUCCUCGGCGUUCUGGCGUUGUCAAGUAUAUUCGGAGUUUAUGCAGAUAGUCCGUAUAAAUAUCUUGAUUGGAAUAUAACAUAUGGUAUUAGGUCUCCUCUUGGUGUUCGUCAAAGGGUCAUUCUUAUAAAUGGUAAAUUUCCUGGUCCAACAUUUGACUGCGACACCAAUGACAAUAUCUUUCUCACAAUCCAUAAUAAUUUGCGUGAGCCAUUCCUCAUGACUUGGAAUGGGGUUUGGCAGAGAAAAGCAUCGUGGCAAGACGGGGUACUCGGAACAAACUGUCCCAUUCCAGCAGGCUCAAGCUGGACAUACAGGAUGCAAACCAAGGAUCAAAUUGGUACUUAUAUGUACUUCCCAUCCACAGGGAUGCAACGAGCUGAUGGAGGUUUUGGUGCAUUCAACAUUCACAGAAGACCUCAACAUGUUCCCCUGCCUUACCCUGUACCAGCUGGUGAAUUCACUCUCAUUGUUGGGGAUUGGUUCCAUACUGGACCUCAGUUCAAAAAUGGAGUAGCAGACAUGCUCAAAUUCAAGAUGGAUAAUGGAUAUGGUAUGCCGAUGCCUGAUGGCCUACUUAUCAAUGGGAAGCCUAGUGGUACAACCUUCACUGGCAGAGCAAGGAAAACCUACUUGUUACGAGUGUCGAAUGUUGGGAUCUUAGCUUCAAUCAACAUCAGGAUUCAAGGUCAUUCAAUGGAGUUAGUUGAGGUUGAGGGUUCUCACGUACUGCAAGAAGUAUACGACUCACUCGAUGUUCAUCCAGGUCAAUCUAUGUCUGUCCUUGUGACCUUAAAUGGUGGGGUGGAAGACUAUUACAUUGUCACUUCAACUCGUUUCAUGAAGAAGACUCGUAAAGCUACUGCAAUCCUUCGUUAUAAGGGUUCGAACAUCAGACCUUCUGGUCCUUUACCUGUUGGUCCUACUUAUCAGGUUCACUGGUCUAUGAAGCAAGCCAGAACUUUCAGAUGGAAUCUUACUGCAAAUGCUGCAAGACCGAACCCUCAAGGAACUUACCGUUAUGGAGGAAUCCAAAUCACAAAAACAAUCAUUUUGGGAAAUUCAGCUAACAAGAGGCGUUAUGGAGUUAACAAUAUCUCAUAUGUGAAUCCAACCACACCACUAAAAUUGGCUGACCAUUACCAUAUUCCUGGAGUUUUCGACCUUAAAACGAGUAGGGAUAAACCCACACCCGGCCCAAUGGUCCUUGGAACCGCAGUUUAUGACUUGGCUCUUCAUGAUUUUGUUGAGAUCGUCUUCCAAAACGAUGAGGAUACCACUCAGUCUUGGCAUCUUGAUGGACAUAACUUCUUUGUUGUCGCAUUUGGUGCAAAUCAAUGGAGUCCACGUAUGAGGAGAAAAUACAAUAUGGUGGAUGCUGUCUGGAGAAGCACUGUUCAGGUAUAUCAAAAAUCAUGGACAGUAGUACUAGUAUCUCUAGAUAACAAAGGAAUGUGGAAUUUGAGAUCAGCAAUAUGGCAUAGACAGUACUUAGGACAGCAAGUUUAUUUCAGGGUGUGGAAUGAUGAACCGAGCUUGAGGACAGAGAACAACAUCCCUUCAAAUGUUCUCAAGUGUGGGAAGGCUGCUAAAUAAUACCAAGUGGAUUUAAUUUCUGUGUUUUUUUACAUAUUUUUCUCAAAAAAGAAAAAGAAAAAGAAAUUAAGGAAUAGUCACGAGGGUGUGACUGUCCUAAAACUGGGAAAACAAGCUUAUUAUAGGGAGCAAAAAUAGUAUUGGUGUAUCGCCUUGGCUAAAACAAACUAUUAUGGUUAUAAACAAAUUUCCCAUUUUAUAAAGAUAGAAAUUUCAACUAUUUUUUUUUUUUUUUUGCAAAUAAAAAAUUCAUGCUAAAAUCUAGAAAUAGCUCACAAGAUGAGCCCAGCCUUUAAAAAGCCUACAAAUUCAUUCUUAUCAUGGGCCAAAAGGAAAGGUAAGAAAUUAAAAAAUUGGCAACUUAGUUCCAGUUUUAACGUGUUGUAAUUACUUUUGGAAGGAUUGAAAUUUAAAAAGUGUAACUAUUAUAAGAAGACAAGAGGAGUAAUAUGUUCUACUCCCUCCGUUCGCUUUUUUUUAUAAAAUUGUCCCUUAAU